AUGGCUCGGUUUCAAAUCCAAUUUGGGGAUGCCGCUGUAGUGAAUGUUAAUGCUCCUCAGUACGUAUUUCUGAUAUCCGAUCUCGCUGGUGAGCAGCGAUUUGCCUCUACAGUUGCCAAGCGCCUUGAGUCUCUGGGCGCUUUGACGCAUGGUGAUCGGCGAGCUACAGAGACUCGUGAUCUUUCACGCUUCAACAUAGACACAAAAAUGGGCCGUGAAGCCUUAGACAUCGUAAUGCGAGCCUGCAUUAACGGUGACCCAAGCAUUGUGGAGCCGCCCUCAUAUGGCACUCAGCUGGGUGGCUCUUUGGAUGACGAUUUUGAAGGUGGAAAACCCUCAUCCAGCUUAUCCGACUCUAGCGACACUACAGCUCUUGCUCUCCGUUCAGAACACUUUUUCGCCGACGUCAAAGCCAGUCUCCAAGGUAAAAGCAUUCGCCAGGGCGUUUACGUUUAUAUUCUUAUUUCUAUUUCUACUAAUAUUACUCUUGUUGCGUCGGAGUGA